AUGCAAGUGAAGUUUUUUAAACAAAUAUCUGAUGCAGCCGCUGGCGAGGCGCAGAUCUCUGCCAUUUGUUUUUCACCAAAUGGACAGAAAUUAGCGAUGUGCAUUGAUCGUGUCAUUCAAUUAUACGAUGACACAGGUGAAUUACGUGAUCGUUUUGCAACAAAACCAAUCGAUUCGAAAUACGGUCGGCAAUCUUACGUCGUGACAGGAAUGGACUUCUCACCUGACAACACUCAACUAGCCGUCGCACAAUCGGACAAUAUCGUUUUUGUAUAUAAACUGGGUAUGGACUGGGGCGAGAAGAAGUCUAUCGUGGCUAAAUUUGUUCAGUCGGCGCAUGUCACUUCGUUGAUAUGGUUACCUGAUGGACAAAUUAUCUUUGGUCUAGCCGACGGUAAACUACGUUCAGGAAAUGUUAAAAAGAAUAAAUCACAUACGUUAUUUACUGCUGAGCAAUACACAGUUGCGUUAACAGCCAAUGUUUCGCGUAAAGCAAUUCUAUCAGGACAUGCUGAUGGAAGUAUUUGUCGAUUUAUCAUUGAAGACGAAGGAACAGGCGAUAAGUCAGGUUUAGUUGUACGACAUUCGUGUCCACCAUGCGCAUUGGUUUGGAGUGCACAUGGCAUCUUAGUAGGCGGAUGUGAUCGAAGAGUAGUUGUGUAUAGUAAAGACGGCAAGAUUUUACAACAAUUUGAUUAUAGUCGAGAACCACUCGAACGAGAAUUUAGCUCUGGUAUUUGCAAUCCAACAGGACAAGAGUGUGUUUUUGGUUCAUAUGAUCAUGUACGUCUUUACUCUUAUCAACCGAGAAAGGGAAUGUUUGAAGAAGCACCAAUGAAAGAAAUCAAAAAUAUGUAUACAGUAACAGCGAUGUCGUGGCGAUCAGAUGGAGCUCGAUUUGCCGUAUCGAAUUUAACUGGAGGUACAUUUUUAUUCAACUGUUCGUUGAAGAAAUCCAGCAUGAAGGGAAAAUAUGCGAUUAAUUUCGUGUCUUUAUCUCAAGUUCUCAUCGAAAAUAAAUCUACUGGCAAAAGAACAGAUUUAGUAUCUCGAAACGGUUUUGAAAUUAGUGAUGUGAAAAUCAUGGGCCGCGAUCGAUAUGCUGUUGGUUACACAACUCAUUCAUUGAUCCUGGUCGAUUUAGAAGAUGAAAAACGGAAAUGUGAAGUGCAUUGGCAAUCGUCGGGCGAUGAAAAAUUCUCAUUUGAAAACGAAAAUGUUUGCAUGAUAUUCGCUAAUGGAGAAUUAACAUUAAUUGAAUAUGCACCUAGUGGCAGACAUGCUGAUAAUAUCUUGUGCACUGUUCGAACAGAAUUUCUUAGUCCGAAUUUGAUCAGUGUACGCGUCGAAGAACGAAAUCUUCGAGGAAAUAAGAAAAUGGCGUAUUUACUUGAUAGUCGAACAAUUGCAAUUGUUGAUCUGAUGUCAACGAGUGGAGCAGCUGUGAUUGAUCAAGUCAAUCAUGAUGCAAAUAUAAAUUGGCUAGCAUUGAAUGAAACCAGUCGAUACUUACUAUUUCGAGACAAAAACCUCAAGCUAUAUCUAUAUAACCUACAGACAAGAACCAAGACAUGUAUACUUUCAUUUUGCAUUUACGCACAAUGGAUACCGGACAGUGAUGUCGUUGUCGGCCAGUCGCAGGAUAAUCUUUCCGUAUGGUACAAUAUAGAACAUCCUGAAUCCUGUGACAUGAAGCCGAUUAAAGGUGAUGUCACAGAAAUUAGCAAGGAUCCAUCGACCAAUCGAACGUAUGUUAGAUUGAAUGACAAUGGUGUACAAUCUUCGAUCGAACUCGAUUCAAACAAAAUCGAAUUUAAUACAGCGAUCAACGAUGAAGAUUUUCGUCGUGCUGUUGCAUAUUUGGACGCAACGGAUUCGUCUGAUGAGACAUCGAAUGCACUAUGGGAAACUCUAGCGCGUUUGGCAUACGAAAAACAAGAAUAUACUGUCGCUGAACAAGCUUACACAGCGACGAGACAAAUGGCUAAAGCCCGAUUUCUUCAUUCUAUCAAUCAACUAGCACGAGAAAAGAGCAAUUCUUAUGACCACUAUGAAGUUCGAGCUAAACUAGCGAUCUUCGAACGACAAUUGAAGACAGCUGAAUCAAUUUACUUAGAAAAUGGCGAUGUCGACAAAGCGAUCGAUAUGUAUCGAACGAUGCAUCAUUGGGAUGAGGCCAUAUCUGUUGCUGAUCGUAAGCGACAUCCACAAGCCGAUGAACUACGUUCAACGUAUUACAAAUGGCUAAUAGAUACUAAACAGAUCGCGCGUGCAGCUGAAUGGAAACUGAAACAACACGAAGAGGAAGAAGCUAUUGCGUUGUACAUGCAAGCCAAUCUACCAUCUCGAUCCGCACAUAUUCUUAUGCAAAGUUCUCAACUGAUGCGCGACAGUGACCUUAUCACACGUGUCGCUAUCAGUUUAGUUAGAGCAAACAUGUACGAAUUAGCUGGAGAUCUGUACGAGCACGUUCAAGAAUUUUCCAAAGCGUUGAACUGUUAUGAAGCUGGCAAAUGUUUCCGUAAAGCUGUGAAGUUAGCACGACGAACAGCACCACAAAAUGUUGUCACACUGGAAAGUAAAUGGGGUGAUGAUUUGGCGGAACAAAUGCAAUAUAGUGAAGCUGUGAAUCAUUAUAUUGAAGCAGGAGAAAAUAUGAAAGCUAUCAAUGCAGCGAUACAAGGUCGUCAAUGGGCACGUGCAUUGGAAAUUCUCGAACAACAAAGAGACGAGAAUGAUCCAGAAAUUGCUAAGCACUACAAACAACUUGCUCAACAUUUCGCUCAUAUUCAAGAAUAUGACAAAGCAGAAAUAUGUUACUUGAAAGCACAAUGUCCAGGCGAAUGUGUUGAAAUGUAUAAUCGUGCGGCUAAAUGGGAACAAGCAUUCCGUCUCGCUAAACAGUACAUGAAUAAGGAUGAAGUAACGAAACUCUAUUCUAAUCAAGCUAAAGAACUGGAAGCUAAAGGACGUUACAAGGAAGCUGAAAAAUUGUACAUUACAAUCAAUGAUAAUGCCGCCGCAAUUCUUAUGUACAAACGAACGAAGAAUUACGAUGCUUUAAUUCGUCUUGUUCGUCAAUAUUAUCCGGACAAGUUGAAAGAUACCGAAAUUACUAUCGCUAAAGAACUUGAACAAGAAAAACGUUACAAAGAAGCAGAAAUACACUAUGUUCAAGCGGGUGAUUGGAAAUCGGCUGCAAAUAUGUAUCGCUUACUCGACAGUUGGGAAGAUGCCUAUCGUAUUGCUCGCCAACAUGGAGGCCCAGUUCCAAGCCAACAAGUGGCAUUCUUCUGGGCGAAGAAAUUGGGUGGUGACGCAGGUGUUAAACUUCUCAAUAAACUUGGCCAUGCUGAACAAGCACUUGAUUUAGCUUGCGAACAACAUGCUUACGAAUUCGCAUUUGAUAUCGCUCGACUUCUUCUCAAAGAUAAGCUUCCUGAGGUGCAUUAUAAAUAUGCUCUUCAUUUGGAAGAUGAACGUCGUUAUGCGGAAGCUGAAGCGGAGUUUCUCAAAGCGAAGAAGCCACGAGAUGCAGUUCUUAUGUACGUGCAAAUCAAAGAUUGGGAUCGAGCACAACGAAUUGCUCAAGCGAAUGACAAAGCUUUACUGAACGAUGUCUUGAUCGGUCAAGCCAAACAAGCAUUUCAUAACAACGAUUUUCCAAAGGCGGAAAGUUACCUCUUACAGGCACAAAGACCCGAUCUGGCUAUUCAACUAUACUGCGACAAUGGUUCCGAUGAAGAUGCAUUACGUGUCUGUCAAGAAUAUUUGCCCAACAAACUUGAUGAAUUAAAAGAAAACAUAGCCCGUAAAAAAGGUAUGCCUAAAUCUGACGAUAAACGUCCAACCACAGCGUAUAAGAAUGACAACAGUAUUCUGGAACAAGCUGCUCGUUGUGAAUCGCAAGGUGAAUAUCAACGGGCUGUAGACCUAUAUUUGCGUCUAUUACCACAACAAGAUAUUCCAAAAGAAACGCUAAUGAAAUCUUAUUUAAAGGCAAGUGAUUUAGCGAGAAAAUUUCUGCCUGAAAACAAAGCUCAGCAUGUCAUACGAACCAUUGGUCCACGUCUCGUUCAACUAGGAAAUCCUAAUCAAGCUGCUGAACAAUAUUUACUCGUGGAACUAUAUAAAGAAGCUGUCGAAGCAUUUAUCGCUGGUAGACAGUGGGAGAAAGCGAAGAAAUUAGCAUUAGAAGUCGAUCCACAACUAGCGAAGUACGUCGACGAACUCUACAUGAAACAUUUGAAAGAUAGUGGAAACGCGAAAGAGAUGAGAAAUCUCGAUGUUGGAGCAGCAUUAGAUUUAUUCGUCGAACGUAAUCAAUGGGAAGAAUGUUUUGCCGAAGCACAAAAACAAAGUCCACUCGUUUUGCAUGCUUAUUUAGCUAAAUAUGCUGCACAGAUGAUUCAAGCCAACCGAGCUGAAUUAGUCGCGAGCGUUUACAAGAAAUACGGAGCAAUAGCUAUUCCACAAAAUCUGAAGAUUUAUAAAGCUUUAUUUUAUCGCAUGUCACGAAUUGAUUCGUUAAAACAUGACAAUUAUCCGAAAUGGGCAGAUAUUCGCGAUGUUUUGCAUGAUGUUUUUGAAAACAUGAAUUCGUCGAUGUCGGGAGAAGCAGGUGGCAUACAAAAAGAAAUCGAAGAACAGCGGCCAACGUUUGAGAUUCUUCUUUGGAUUUCUCAUAUGAAUGCAAUGCGUGCUGCAUGUUCUGAACAUGAACAGCUCGACAAUAUUACAGCUAAGCUCUCCAUUUCACUUCUUCGUCAUUCGGACAUUUUACCGGUCGAUCGUGCAUUCUAUGAAGCUGGUAUCAUGUGUCGAAAAGUGAACUGGAACGAAAUGUCCAUGAUGUUUCUCAAUCGUUAUUUGGAUGUUGUCGAUGCCAUCGAAGAACACAAUCCUGACAUGUUAGCAACAUCGGAUUUUGUCGAAACAGAUAUUCCUUAUGAGAUUGAGUUACCUGAUGAGCCAACAUUACCGCCUGAACAGCACGAAAAAGUGAAAGAACAUGUUUUAACCCUUGCUAUGAAACAAGCGAUUAAACCAGCACUUCGUCGUGAUUCGCGUAAUUGUAUUGAAUUUUCAUUGAUCAAUCCUGAGACGAACGAACGCGCAUCGCCUUGUCUCAUCACUGGUUAUCCCGUCCUGGAUGAUCGGGUGGUUUUCGAUCGAUUCAAUCUCAUGGCAAACAAGGAAGAUUGGAAUAAAUUUGUUCUUUCUGCUAAAUCGAUUCGUCGAGAAAGUUUACAAGAUUGUCUGAAAUUCUUAGCGAAAUGGACAGGAGCACAACCAAAUGUCAGUUUAUAG